CACGUAUUUUCUUAACGAAACUGCAAAUUAUCAUCACCUCUAGCUGAGAAUGUAGCUAGCGUUAAAAAGUUUACCUUAGCUUGCUAGCAAGCCAUUCCAUAACUCUGGCUCUCCGUAAAGUUAUUCACUGAUGAUACUGUUUGACACAAUGGAAAUGCACUGUCUUGUAACAAUAACGUUAAUAGUGUUAUUUCAGCUGUCUAUUUAAAAUGACCCUCCUCUUGAAUGUCAAUGAAUUAACUCUUUGUACACCGCCUCAACGAUGCUAAUAACAUGAGCUAAUACUUCCCACGCCACAAUUGGUGAAACGGGAUUCGAAUGACUUGAAAACAAACCAAUCGGCUUUCAGGAUAUUUGAAUGUGGGCGUUUCAACGUUAAUUUACAACCAAUUAAAUUCAGACUUUGCAAGGAAGGUGUCCAAUGACGUCGGUUACUAUGGUGUAUAUCCAAUCAGAGCCAAGUGUAGGGUCUUUUAAAGCUAGUUUCAGGAAGUGCCGUUAAAUACCAGGAAGUUGUAAACAAAGCUGACAGCUAUUUGGUUAGCUGUUAACUACAUCCGAAUGGAUGCAGAGCCAGUCGUGUAAACAGGCUAGUUAUUUGUGGAUGCAUCAGUAAUACAGCUAAACAUUUUCUUUUAUAUAACGUUAGAGAUAGUUUCGCGGAAAUAUACAUUUUUGUGCGUUUGUUCAGCAAACUAACGUUAGCUGCAUUCCGUUCUGUCGUUAGGAAAGGCUAACGUUUACACAAGGACGUUAGAGCUGGCGUUGACGCUUGCGAAGUUACGUCCAAUCGAUUAUUAUUACUCCACAUUGAACGGACAGUGAGUACAUCAGUACCCGGGUGUUGUUUUUCUGCUGCAUUUGUUGCGUGGGGCAGAAAGAGCGAGAGUCCAUUUUAGCAGGACAACAAUGUCUACGUCCAACGCUAAUUUCAAAAACAAGUGUGUGACCCAGGUGAACUGCAUAUUUUGUGAAAGUCUGCUGUGCACGAGAGGCAUGAAAGCAGUGCUUCUUGCCGACACUGAAGUUGAGCUUUUUUCGACUGACAUACCUCCCAAUAGAACUGUUGACUUUGUGGCCAGCUGCUACUCUACUGAAAGCUGCAAAUGCAAACUGAGGGACAUUGCAUGUCUCAAGUGUGGUAAUGUUGUGGGCUAUCAUGUUGUGGCCCCCUGUAAACCCUGCCUGCUUUCCUGUAACAACGGCCAUUUCUGGAUGUUCAACAGCGAUGCUGUAUCUACUCUCAACAGACUGGAUGCGACAGGUCUGAAUCUGCUCCUGUGGGGAGAUCUUCCCGAGCUGGAUGACAGUGAGAACGAAGAAUCAGAAAGCCCAUCAGAGGAGGAGUGUAUUAGGUAGAGAGGGAAAUGGACAAUGUGCAAGACCUGGGACACCAACAUUUUAGAGGUGGAGCUUGAAGAGUGUACAAACCAUGCUUGAGAUAAGAGAGAAAAGAGAAGCCUUAAAGGGUAAUUUAAUACAGAAUCAAAUAGGGCAGAAAAGUGCUGCUCUCCAUGGGUUAUUUAAACCAUGGUGCACAUCAGGCCAGACCCCAAUCAGUGAUGUCACAGCAGGUGUUUUGCCUUUGACAGCUGAUCAACACCUGCUGUGACAUCAUUGAUUGGGGUGUGACCAGAAACGCAUCAUGCUCUAAAGUUUGAACCCAGUGAAAAUGGUGCAGCAAAAGUCUUUGGCCAUAUGUAAUUUUGUGUUGAAUUACCCUUUUUAACCUGUGACCAUGCCUUUCCCUGUCACUUUUCACAGUUAAAAGCACAGACACACACACGCUGUCACACACAUUCUUUCCUCUCUUUUAUUUCUGUUUUUGUACAUUUGCGCAAGGUAUUAUACAACGUGGCUGAAGUACUCUGAAAAUAACCGACAGCUAGACUCCUUAAUCUAAUGCAUUCUACUUUUCAUCACACAGUCUCCCCUGAGGUCAUGGUUUUGACCAGCCUCGUGAGCAGUUGGGGGUGCGGUAUGAUAUGUCAGUGGAACUUACCAGUGAAUGCUGUGCUUUUUCAAGCUGUUUACGCUGAGUCCAACUUUCUGAAAAGAUGACCACAAUUUGCCUACCUUCUUGUUAAUCGCAGUUAUAAUCUGUACAUUGAAUAUGCUGUAAUAAGCAAACACUCCUAUUAACAGUCAUGUCUUAAAGGCU